AAACAAUAAAGAAUGAAGAAAGUUUAUGAAAAGUAGAUUUAAUGUUAACCAAACUAUAACAAGCAGAGAUAAAAAAGUCAUGGGAUAUAUUUUCAUAGGUAAGUCUCUAGUUAUGAAAUAUUUUAGUUUGAUAGGAAUAUUAACAUUUAUUCAUUUUUCUUGUCCUUCAGAUACAUUUAAAGAUAUUUAAGCAGUAGUCAACCCUGUAAGAAUCUUGCAGCAGUGAAGAUUAGGAGGAACAUAUUUAAUACAAUAUUUGUUUUUUUGGAAUCUGAAAGCAUCUCUCAAUCAAUUUGAAAACAGAAAAUGAUCAAUAAAACAAAAAGUUUGAUUUAUAAACUAUUUGACCCACUAACAGAUCAUAACGAAUGUAAAAUAAUUUAAUCCAGUAGCUAGUAUUGGAAUUUCAGGAGUAAAAAAGAAUUAAAGAUAUUAAAAAAAAACAAAAAGGUUAAACAUUACGCUAGAAAAAAAGAGAGAUAUUUACAAACGAGAAGUAAAAAAAGAUAUUGUAUGUUAAAAAAAAUGAAAAAUAUUAUAUUGAAAAACUAAAGUAUUGUAAAUAUGAAAUAGCAGUUGAAGAAUAAAAUUACAAAUUACGAAACUAAAUGCGAAGUUCAAACAGUUUAUGAAAAUGAAAUAUCGAUUAAAAGAUAAUGUUUUAUUCUAAGAGAAAGGUUUCGAAACCCUAAAGGAGGAGUGUAAUUAUUAUGAUAAAACACAAUCAAGGAGAAUAAAUAAAUGAACAAAAAAAUUAAGGAUGCAAACAUUUUAAGAUAGAAAGAAAACUAUUUUAUAAAACCAUAGUGGAAUAUCAAUUAUCUUUGCUUGCUUCUUCAACUUCUGACCAUCAUCUUUUAAAGCACAAAAUAUGGAAAGCUGAUUAAUUAUGAAUAAAGUUCGUUUGUAAGAAACAAUUGUCUUUAUUAUUUCAGUUGUAAUCACCUUUAUAAUUUCAUUGGUAUAAAUGGAUUAUGAUUAGAGAAGUUAAACGAUACAUGCAAAUCAUGAGAAGUUUUUUGUUUGUAACUAUAAGAUAAUUUUAAGUCAAAGCAA